CAGAAAUCUUGCUGCAUUUGUGACGACGCCGGCAGUCGGACAAUGGCCGGAGCGACUGUGGCGCCGCCUCGGAAGCGUGUUCCAUCAGAAGACGUCGUGGCAAACUUGUCGAGCUCGUUCGACAAUCUCCGUCGGCGCUUCAACAUCAUGACGUCGUCCGAUGCGACGUCAAACCAUCCAAGCAGUCCACUGACGGCGGCGGCAUCGCCUCAACUGCCUGAACCAGCAUCCGAGUGCAGCGUGUGCUUGUGCAGCUUGGGUCUACUCAAAUUCAAGUAUGUGUGCAAGAACUGCGAGAAAACUGUGUGUGGCGCGCACAGCAAGAACCAGAUACCAUUGCCUGACCAGGGUGUAUGGAAAGAAGUACGCGUGUGCGAUGUGUGCUACGAACAGCGGCUCAAGCGCCGCGCCGGUGCCAUCGAACCGAGCACGAGUACACCCAACGACGACACAUCGCUGUGUGGAAUUCUUUUCAGCGGGCUUGUCGAAGAGCAAGACGACACACUCGACGAAAUGCUGUACUUGGGGUCGUUCCGCAUGGGCAGUCGGUCGCUUGCGAGCCGAAACUUCAACCCGAACAUGGCUAUCUGGAUCGAGCGCAUGGUCAUGCUCACGCCGGCGGAGCUCUUGUCCUUCAAACCACAGCGGGACAAGGACAAAGAAGAGUUUCUCCUGGGGAUUGGCGAGGUCCGGUCGUCGAUUCACAUGACCGACAUCUUGCACAUCGACGUGGACGAACACUACCCCCGCAUUUUGACUCUUGUGCGGUCCGACGGCCGGAUCUACCGACUCCGCGCCAAGGACAACGAAACAUGCGCCGAAAUCUCGAAAAAGCUCCAAGAAGCGAUGCAAAUGUUCCAAGCAGCGCUGCACAAACUUCAGCGAGGGCUCCGGCCCGAAGACAACGUUAUCACGUGUGUCACGGUGCAACAUCACCCUGACUUGGACGAAGUGGUUGCCCACCCCACUCAAACGGCCACCCAUCAAGACACCAACCCCCGCCAGUACACGCUGCAGCUGUACCCUGCAUCCGUUGUGCGACUGUACGCGAGCAGCCCCGUUGUCAGCGCUGUUGCCACGUACUCCAUGACAGAUCUCUUUCAGCAAACCAAGCGAUGCGACGCCAUUGCGUUCCACGAUUCAAACGAGUACCAACUCGUCACGCACGUUAACAUCGAGCGUAUUUCCACGCGAGUGUGGGCCACUUAUCGAGGACUGUGGCUAUGUUUGGCGGGAGGCGCGCUGGUGUACGCAGCGGCCCAGCGCCGGUGGCUGCCGUCCUCUUUGAUGCCGUGGCUCGUCGUUAGUCUCGUGGCGCUGACGGCGCUGUCGCUGGCCAACCAUCUGAACGUGGUGGGGCGAACAUGGCAGUUGUGGGUACCCCAGUCGUUCCGCCUUCAGUGUGUCAAAGUCGACUGCGUCAAGCAGACGCGCCAGGCGCCGUUGUUGGGCAAGGACGUGCAGGUGGAUCCUCGAUUCAUUGAAGCGUGUCGAGGAGAUAUGGACGAAGCCAAGCGAAAGUACGCCAAGUAUUUGCAGUGGCGGCAAGACAACGACAUAGACCACCUCUUGCUUCGGCCGCAUCCACACUUCACCGUGAUCAAGGAAUCGUACCCCCAGACGACUCACAAGCGGGACAAGUUUGGCCAUCUUGUCGCGUACGAACUUGCCGGCAACAUGCGAAAAGGGAUGCAGCACUUUUUGUCGCGGGGGGUGGUCGAAGACGACGUGAUUGCGCACUUGGGCUUUUACAACGAGUUUCUCUGGACCGUGCUGGACCGGCGGCCAUACCCUGACGGCGUCAUGUUAAAAGUGAUCGACAUGCAGGGGGUGUCGAUGAGCGACUUUGGCGGCGAUGUCGUCAACUUUAUGAAAGCUUGCUCGAGCGUCGGAGAAGCGUACUAUCCCGAGCGCCUCUUCAAGAUCUUUAUCGUGAACCCGCCGUCGUGGUUCAACAUGGUGUGGAAGGCCGUGUCGCCGUUGGUGAACCCCAAGACGCGGGACAAAAUUCACGUUGUCCGGGGCCAAAAAGAGAUUCAAAAGGCUCUGCUCGAGUAUAUCGACGCCAGCAACUUGCCUGACGUGUACGGUGGCACGUGUUCGUGUCCGGGGGGAUGUCUUGCCAACUCGGACGACGAGAUCGUCCUGCGAGAGUAUGUCGCCAAGCUCAAUGCACCCCCUGGAACGUACGAUCUCGAGUCCGAGCUGGCGGCCCUGCAAGGCACCGCGACACCGCCGGCUGCCCCCACACCCAAAAAGAGCUAGACAUGUGUGGCUAGAUUUGUCGCGGAUGGACUAGCCAAAUUGCGUAAACGUUUGAAUUCGUUCGUCCAACGAUUUUGAGAUUCAACGAACAGUUAAGACGGCAGCAUCGAGUGCAUCAGCGCCAGAAUGCCCGUCAAGAGUGCCAUGGGGAGUGCGCCUACAACAGUCACAUCAUGAGUCAGUAGGCGUCGUGAAUCGCUCAACCAGGGGAUGCGCGGCUCGAAAGGAUGGGUGUCACCCUCGUUUGCACCGAAUCAAUCGAGAGCUGCGUCGCGUUGAAGAGCACGCCCGUUGCCACGAGUGCGACGGCCAAAUUGUUAUCGCUUGCGCUGACGUUCAUCAAGCUGCCAUAGAAUGAUGCGGCGGAGUUCAAAUCGUCGAACGUGUCGAAGAGCACGACAAAUUCGAGCGCGAGCGUAGUGGGCAAGGCGUCCGCUGCCAACUGCCGAUGGUCGUCGACGUUCGGCGCCACCACGUUGCCUUCGAUGUCCAGGGACACUGUGGACGCCUCCAACUGCCGCGAGCUCCCCGCCACGAUAUCCUUCGCCGACGAAAUGAACACCAUGUCCACCGUCGCGCUCAAGUAAUCGUUCGACGUGAUGUUUGCCACAGCCAGUGCAAAGUCGUACUCAUACCCUUCAAACGAAGCUGCUGUCGCGCCUUGGAUGGUCACGGCCGUCACGAGCGCGUACUCCUGCGAUCCGUCGUCGAUUUCCCAUGACGGAUAUGCCCCAGGAUUGCAUGUUACCACGCACCCCGUAACUUGGGCCUUGGCAGCUUGGCAUUCGACCAUGGCGGCAUUGAAUUCCACAUCGCAAUUUUGCUUUGCACACGCGAGCAAACCCGGGUAGCAUGUGCACCCAUCGUAUAUGCCCAUGCACACAUCAUAGUCCGAUAUGCACGCGUCGUGACUGCAAACGUUCUCGUUCCAGUACGUACUGUGCGUGUACACGAUGGCAACGAUACGAUGCCGCGGGGAUGCUUGUGGCAGGACAUAUACGUACUUGGGCGACGGCGUGGCCUUGGGUUUGGGAGUAGGAGGACGAGAAGCUGGUACAGGCACUGGUCUGGCAGUUGGUGGACGGGCGGCGGGGGUGCCCGGGGCUGGUUUGGUUGCUGGCUUCGGCGCAGGCUUGGGGGCUGGCUUCGGAGCCGGUUUCGGGGCUGGCUUUGGAGCUGGCUUCGGAGCCGGUUUUGGCUUCGGCUUGGCUUUCUGUAGGGCGCUGCUCUCGCCAACUACAGCGCUAACUUCGUUGUGGUCAAGUCCAUGGCACGUGGCCAGGAGAAUGGCCACGGCGACGACAAGGACGAACGAGACGACGCGCAUGGGGUGCACCUCUGACUGAUGCAAAGAUCCGA